GAGAACGUUUGAACAAAACAAACCAGAACAUGUCUGCGACUGCGACUGGUGCAACGACGACGACCACGCCAGACACGUCCGAUGCGCCGUACUUCAAGUCGUAUGCGUCCAUCCACAUCCACGAGGACAUGAUCCGUGACGAAGCGCGAACGGCAACGUACCGCCGAGCGAUCUUUGCGCUGGGCGACCGCAUCCGAGGCAAGGCUGUGUGCGACGUGGGUGCCGGCACUGGCAUUCUGAGCGUCUUUUGCGCACAGGCAGGCGCACGGAAAGUUUACGCGAUCGAAGCAAGCGACAUGGCCAAGCAAGCGCGGCUGAUUGUCAUGGAAAACAACGUGCAGGACACUGUUCAAGUCAUUCAUGGACGGGUCGAGGACGUUGAUCUGCCGGAAAAGGUCGAUGUUAUUGUGAGCGAAUGGAUGGGAUACUUUUUGUUUUACGAGUCCAUGUUCGAGUCAGUCUUGCUGGCUCGCGAUCGCUGGCUGAACAAGGACACCGGGCUCAUGCUGCCGAGCGCCGCGACGCUCUACAUGUGCCCGGUGCACGAGCCGUACCUGGCUGAAGAGAAAGUUGCCUUCUGGAGCACAUUCCCGAAGGAACGUUACGGCAUCUCGAUGGCUUCACUCGGCACUUUUGCCAAGCAGUGUCUGCACGAAGAGGUGGCCAUCGACCCCAUCGAACCCGAGCAAUGCCUUGCCUGGCCUGUUCAAGCGGUCAGCAUUGACUGCAACACCUUGACACUCGCCGAGCUGCGCAGCAUCUCCGGCACCUUUGCCUUCCGUGCCAUCGUCUCCAACGAGAUGCAUGCCAUCGCCGCGUGGUUUGACGUCGAGUUUCCAUGCUUUUCCGAUGAAACGGACGGACAAGCUGUCGCGCAACCAGAGUCGAGCGAUCGCGAGACGGCACAGACAACCGCUCGCAAGCGCGUCCGACUCGAGCAAACCGAGCAAGGCACAAAGGAGCCCAUCGUGCUCUCAACGUCACCGGACGCUCCACCGACGCACUGGCGACAAACUCUAUUCCGGCUACUCGACCCCGUGCCUAUUCAACAGGAUGACAUCAUUGCCGGGAGCGUACGAAUCUUGCCAGACGAGCAGUACAAGCGCUUCCUUGGGGUGCAGCUGUCACUCAAACACAAGGGCAACAGCAUUCUCGAGAACAAACACUUCCGCUUGACGGACGGGUCGCUGGCCCAAUGAUGCACUGAAGCGAGAAAAUAAAAAAACCAGUGUGUAUUUGGUGGCCAUAAACUCGCAACUCAU